UUUCGUACGUGUGAUGAAAUAACAAUAACAAUGGCGAGCUUCACACAAUUUGUUAUAUGUUUGGGAUUAAUUCUCAAGUUUACACUUGCUGCUGAAGAGGCAAAAAACCCAUUUGAUGAUGUUUUUGAAGAUGUAACAUCUUGUAGUUCCUCAUGUGAACGAACAUAUCCUCUACACACGUAUCCAAAGACGGAAGAUCUGCGGGCUUGUCAACGAGGAUGUCGUCUAUUUUCCAUGCUUGAGUUUGGUGAAGUGGAUAAUGAAGCAACAGACUUCAAUAAUACGAUACAAGCUUGCAAAGGAGCUUGCCAUGAAGCGUAUAGCAGUGAAGAACAAUUGUUUGCCUGCUGUCUGGGGUGUACCGAACAAGUCCCAUUUGCUAUCCAGAUGAGGAAAGAGUACGCCAGCCAGGAGGCUAGCAUCCACCUUCUCCAGCCGCUCUUCUCGGUACAUAGCAUCUUUCAGCAGCUGACGUCGAGUGUCCGAGGCGUGUCGUUCUCCCAGGCCAUGUUCUACUGGCAGGGGGAAGACAAUCAGAUCUACAUCUUCGAGACCCAGCCAGAGAUUGACAUCUUCACCGUUGAUCCUGAUCCACAGGACCCCUUCAAUUUCGGCAGACAGUUCAACGGCUUUGAGACCAACCUGGAAGUACUUAACGACCAUGACCCGACCACUGACCCCAGCCGACCUUACAACUCUCACCUUGACACCUCCAGCUGGUUGGACUGCGUGGCCAAACGGUCGGGGCUCCCUCGCUGGCUGCUCUCCGUCACCAUCCUCCUCUCCUCUGUCGCCCUCUUGUGGCUGUGCUGUGCUACCAUGGUUACAGCUCCAGAAAGAAGAAUUAGAGUACCUAAACUGAGUAUCAACGGUGACCUGGAAUACCUGAAGCAGAAUAAGAAAUGUCCUAGCGGUCACAUCCCCGUCUAUAUCUCUACCUACACCCCAACCAAGCCCACCGACGACGAUGACGAUGUCGAACCUCUCCCACUCAAUAUUGAUAUAAUCCCCACUCAGUCCAAAAUCUAGUCUGCAUACUAGAGAUCUUCUCCCCCUUUCCCCCUCCCCCCCCCCCCCCAAAAAAAAGAAAGAAUUUUUGGAUAUUUUCUCUCCUAUGAUAUUCCAACUUCCAGUUCUGUAUCAUCAUCAUCAUCUUGUGAAA